UCCUACAGUAUUUGUUCCUCUGGUUGACACCGUUUCACUCAGCCGGUGGAAGAGAGAGCAUCACCUUUUUGAAGAAGAGUAAGAAGAUAAUUCAACUGGAGCGGCCCUACGACUGAAUAUCUCACACUGAACCCGUUGUUUUUCAGCCAUCAUGACUCACUUUGGUCAUAAUCUUCCUCAAAAAAUGUUUGAACUAAUAACGACUGCUGUGAGUACGCUUCUGCUGUUAGUCAUCUUCUACAUCCUGCAGUACAUAUUCGACAUGGAUUUUGUCUGCUCGUGCACAACAGUUACAGGCAAGAAUAUCCAUCCGAAUGGUGUGCUGUACUUGUUGGUGCCUCCACUGAUCCUCAUCUGCGUUGUCACCCUCAUUGAGUCUUUCCACAAAAGGAGGAUUUUCACCAGAUGGCAGAGACAUUUUCAAAACAACGGCUGCUGCUUUUUUGUUAAGUUGGUGAUCAGCUAUGUCAGUCUGACUGCUGUAUGGGUAGCCACUGUUAUGUUUGAUGGAGAUUGGUACUUUUGCCUGAUGACAAACCGCAACGUCUCUCUGACUGGGAUUCCCUGCAAAGACGAGCUGAGCUACGAGGAGAACCUCAUUAAAAACGCUUAUAAAUCUACAUCACUUGAAUAUGGCUUUUAUAUAAUUGGUCCUCUUAUUGUUGUUUGGAGCUUUGUUGAGCUCUGUUGUGGAAGACACAAGACAUGGCGCUGCUGCCCCAAACGGGAGCUGCCGAGCUCUCCUCCUUACUACAAGAUGGUUUAUGAAGAUCUUCUGGCGGAGCAAGUGAGUAGCCAUUUGCAAGACGAGCUGACAAAUAUAGCAACAGAAAGAGCAAAAGUAAUCUGUACGCCCUACCUUCUUGCUAUCAAGGAUAAUGAACAGUCAUUUAAUAGAACAUGUGACAGCAACGACAGUGUGGACGACGUGGUUUCGGAAGCCUGGGGGAAAAUUUCAGCCUCAGAUUUCUACUUGAUAGAACCCGAGAGACAAGAGGAUUCACAUGAAGAUAUGUUAGCAAUGUUUUUAACAAGUGUAGGCUUCUAACUGGUUUUAACUAGGGCUGUCAAUCGUUUAAAAUAUUUAAUUGCAUGAUUGUCCAUAUUUAAUCAUGAUUAAUCGCAAAUUAAUAGGGAGUCUGUGACAUCACCCAUUGGUUUGUGGACUGCCGUUUUGA